GUGGCAUAUUCUGCUGAGCGUUCCCCUGGAAGGAGCAUUUUUUAAAAAAAUCUAUUCAGAGGAGAGAGGAGUGAUGGGCAUGUUAGGAUACAAUGAUCAGAGCCCAGCGCGCCUGCAAGCUGCCGUUGGGACGGGCUGGUGACUGCUGCUCCUAUUAGCUGAUCUGAGACACUGGAAUGCAGCGAGAUAAUGCUGCAUAUCUGCUAUCAGACGGCAGAAAAGGGUUUUGUCUCGGAAAGGCAAGCCUGCCCUGCAAUCGUAUCUCAGCAGCUCUCUAGCUGCUCAGCCUGAAAACUAGUGACCCUGAAGGAGGGCGUUACUGCCUGCGAGCAGGGUCCUGUGCGGCUGGGCUGCGAGCGGCGGGUCUGCAGAGCAGGUGUGUGCUCGAUGGGCACUGGACUGGAACCCAGGCGGCCGCUCUCAGGUUUACCUGCUUCCUGUUAACAGAUUGUUGGCUCCGAGAGCAGCUGCCUGCCCGCUGAGGUCGCGGCUGAGCAGGAGGUCCCCGCGUGUCCACUGGACUGACAGAGACACUUGGAUUGGGACUUAAUCUGAAAUCUCUGGAGUUCAAGACCUUCUGAAAAGGGCUAAAUAAACAAUCUCUACAUGUAAAGGCCACUGACUCCUACUUCCUCUGCGCAGAGCGACUGGGAGCCCGGCUGCCCCGAGAGCCAGAAUAGGACAGACUCAUAUACCAUUGUGAUCUGGGUGCACUUCUUCAGAAGGAAAACUGAAGACUUUAAUAACAAACCCUCCAAGGUCACAAUGAAUACAGAUAGCGGUGGGUGUGCUCGCAAACGUGCCGCCAUGUCUGUUACAUUAACAUCUGUGAAGAGAGUUCAAAGUUCUCCAAACCUAUUGGCUGCAGGGCGUGAUUCUCAGUCACCAGACUCAGCUUGGAGAUCUUACAAUGACCAAAGUCAAGACACACUGAAUGGAGAUGCUACAUAUUCCUCUCUUGCAGCAAAAGGCUUUAGAAGCGUUCGACCAAACCUACAAGAAAAAAGGUCGCCCACUCAGAGCCAGGUAACAGUGAAUGGAAGCUCGGGAGGUGCUGUGAGUCCGAUGAGCUACUACCAGCGGCCCUUCUCCCCUUCGGCCUACUCCCUGCCAGGCUCCCUCAAUUCCAGCAUCAUCAUGCCUCAUGGCCGGUCACUCGAUUCCACAGAGGCGUAUGCCCAGCACGCGCAGUCUCUGGACGGCACGGUGGGCAGCUCCAUCCCGCUGUACAGGUCCUCGGAGGAAGAGAAGAGGGUGACCGUCAUCAAAGCCCCACACUACCCCGGGAUCGGGCCGGUGGAUGAGUCCGGCAUCCCCACGGCCAUCAGAACGACAGUUGACAGACCGAAGGACUGGUACAAGACGAUGUUCAAGCAAAUUCACAUGGUGCACAAGCCAGAUGAUGACACAGACAUGUACAAUACUCCUUAUACAUAUAACGCAGGCCUGUACAACUCACCCUACAGUGCUCAGUCCCAUCCUGCUGCGAAGACCCAGACCUACAGACCCCUCUCCAAAAGCCACUCGGACAACGGCACGGACACUUUUAAGGAGGCCACUCCCCCAGCCCCUCCCCCCCAUGUUCCUCCUCCAGUCCCACCACUUCGACCCAGAGAUCGGUCUUCAACAGAGAAGCAUGACUGGGACCCUCCAGACAGAAAGGUGGACACGAGAAGGUUUCGUUCUGAGCCCAGGAGCAUUUUUGAAUAUGAACCAGGGAAGUCGUCGAUCCUGCAGCAUGAACGACCACCCCCUCUCCCAACAACUCCGAUACCUGUUCCCCGGGAACCCGGCCGGAAGCCCAUUCCUAUGUCACCAUAUGGAGAAGUCACUGGUAGCCCCUCCCCUCCACCCAGGAGCGGGCUCCCCACACCAAGCCCGAGCACCCCGGCUCUCUCUCCCAUCUGGACUGACCGCAUACAUCCCGAUGACGUAGAGUUAGAGAAUGAGCCCUGGUAUAAGUUCUUUUCAGAGCUGGAGUUUGGACGGCCGCCUCCUAAAAAGGCUCUGGACUAUGUUCAAGAUCAUUCUCCUGGUGUUUCCAAUGAGGCCUCCUUGUAUCAAUCUUCUAUAGACAGAAGCCUGGAAAGACCCAGUAGCUCUGCAGGCCUGGCCAGUGACUUCAGGAAAAGGAGGAAGAGCGAGCCGGCCGUGGGGCAGCCGAGGGGCCUGGGGGACCCAAGGGCGAGCAGGACCAGCCCCGGCCGGGCGGACCUCCCGGGAUCGAGCGCCACCCUGACCCAGUCUUUCAUUAGUUCUUCCCCUUCCUCCCCAUCCAGAGCAAAAGGUGGGGAUGAUAGCAAAAUGUGUGCACCCCUUUGCAGUUGCUCAGGGCCCCGCGGCCGCCCCUGCCAGGAGGUAGAUGACUGUCCCCCUUACAGACAGCACCUGGACGUCCCGCGCGACUCGCAGCGGGCCCUCGCCUUCAAAAACGGCUGGCAGAUGGCCCGGCAGAACGCCGAGGUCUGGAGCAGCACCGAGGAGGCCGUGUCCCCCAAAAUCAAGUCCCGCAGCUGCGACGACCUCCUGAAUGACGACUGCGGCGGCUUCCCCGACCCCAAAGCCAAGUCGGAGAGCAUGGGCUCUCUGCUCUGCGAAGAGGACGCCCAGGAGGGCUGCCCGGUGCCGUGGGCACCCCCCUUCCUGCAGGAGACCAGGGCCACCGGCAGGUCCCGGCUGCGCCACGGCUCAGCCCACAAUGCCCCGGGCUUCCUGAAAAUGUACAAGAAAAUGCACCGCAUCAACCGCAAGGACCUGCUGAACUCCGAGGUGAUGUGCUCCGUGAGGUCGAGGGUCCUGCAGUACGAACAGGAGCCGCACGCCCCGGGCCUGCUCCACGGAUGGAGCCAGUCCUCCGCCGACGAGGUGCCCAGGGACAUGGUCCCCACCCGCAUCUCGGAGUUUGAAAAGUUGAUUCAGAAGUCAAAAUCCAUGCCCAACCUGGGGGAGGAGAUGCUGUCCCCGGCGGUCCUCGAGCCCCAGCACCACGGGCUGGGCCCCACCCGGCGGUUCUCCAUCGAGUCCUUGCUGGAGGAAGACAAUCCGGGCAGGCACCCUUGCCCGGGACCACGGAGCUGCACGUCCAAAACCCUGGUGCCCAUCCACAUUGAAGUCACCAGCGAGGAGCCGCCGAGAACCCAUCUGGAGCUUUCGGACAGCGACCAAGACGGGGUGGUGUCCGAACACAGCGACUGCAUGCACGUCGAGGGCUCGUCCUUCUGCAGUGAGAGCGAUUUCGACCACUUUUCGUUCACCUCCUCGGAAAGUUUCUAUGGGUCCAGCCACCACCACCACCAUCACCACCAUCACCAUCACCGGCACCUCGUCAGCUCCUGCAAAGGCCGGUGCCCUGCCUCUUACACUCGGUUCACCACGAUGCGAAAACACGAAAGAGCGAAACAUGAAACGACCGAAGAGCCCAGAAGACAUGACCCGGACGCCGGCCUCUCGAAACUUGCCUUUCUAGUCAGCCCCGUGCCUUUCCGGAGGAAAAAGCAUUCGCCGCCCAAAAAACAGACGGAAAAGGCAAAAUGCAAAACGGCCGUCUUCGAGGCUCUGGACUCCGCCCUCAAAGACAUCUGUGACCAAAUUAAGGCUGAAAAGAGAAGGGGGAGUUUGCCGGACAACAGUAUUUUGCACCGUCUGAUCAGUGAACUGCUGCCGGACGUCCCCGAGAGGAACUCGUCGCUGAGAGCUCUAAGAAGGAGCCCCAUGCCCCAGCCUUGCCACCCGCUGCCCCAAGACGGUGCUACCCACUGCCCAUGGUACCAGAGCGACUGUGGGAGGAUGCCCCACAGUGCCUCUCUCCAAGACAUGGACACCAAUAGCAACUACCACCCAGACCACGACAGUGCCCUGGGUCUGCCAGACCGCGAGUCCCCUAGAAGUUACGCGUCCACUGUGGCUGACUUGGGGAGGAGCGCACCGCGGGAAAGAAGAGGAACUCCAGAAAAAGAGAAAUUGCCUGCAAAAGCUGUUUAUGAUUUUAAGGCUCAGACAUCUAAGGAGCUGUCGUUUAAGAAAGGAGACACUGUCUACAUCCUCAGGAAAAUCGACCAGAACUGGUACGAGGGAGAGCACCAUGGGCGAGUGGGCAUCUUCCCCAUCUCCUACGUGGAGAAACUCUCACCUCCUGAGAAAGCACAGCCCGCAAGGCCGCCGCCCCCAGCCCAGCCUGGAGAAAUCGGAGAAGCUAUCGCCAAAUACAACUUCAACGCGGACACCAACGUGGAGCUGUCGCUGAGAAAGGGAGACAGAGUUAUUCUUCUCAAAAGAGUUGAUCAGAACUGGUACGAAGGUAAAAUCCCAGGAACCAACAGACAAGGCAUCUUCCCUGUUUCCUAUGUAGAAGUCGUGAAGAGGAACACAGCCAAAGGCGCCGAGGACUACCCCGACCCUCCAAUACCCCACAGCUACUCGAGUGAUAGAAUCCACAGCUUAAGUUCCAACAAGAUACUGGUCUUGAUGCUUAGUAUAAAAAGAAAGGAAACUCUUUUGAGAGUUCAGUGCACUGGGAAUUCCCACCAAUAUUUCUCUUCUAAGCCACAGCGUCCUGUGUUUACUCAUGAAAACAUUCAAGGUGGGGGGGAACCGUUUCAGGCUCUGUAUAACUAUACUCCUAGGAAUGAAGACGAGCUGGAGCUCAGAGAAAGUGAUGUCAUCGACGUGAUGGAAAAAUGUGAUGAUGGAUGGUUUGUGGGAACCUCAAGAAGAACCAAAUUCUUUGGUACUUUCCCCGGAAACUAUGUCAAGAGGCUGUGAAGCACCCUCCCUCCUGCGUAUGCUGCGUCUCAGAACCUUGCCCGAAAGACCCCGCAGGCCUCCCGCUCUCAUGCCUUAUGUUUCCCGUAGAAGUCACCACCAUCCCCACCUCCACCUGCCGCCCAACCACCAGCAGAGUAACCGCCGGAGCCUUGGGGGGUUGGCAGGCCUGUUCCGUGUGAAAGUGCAUACCCCUGCUUUCUGCUCUAACCUGGAAGUCUGUACGUUAGGAUCAGAAAGAAAGUCACCAUACUUACAAAGGGGUAAAUAUUGGAGGCAAAAAAAAUUGAAAAGUGUCUCGAGGAGGCUCCCUGGUCCACUUUGAGGAUCCCUCUCCACCCCCCCCUCCCCCGGCGACCAGAAGAUGGUUUAUCACUAAAUACGUGGUGUGUGUGUCCACGCUCUUAGCUUGGCAGUCUGUUUUCCUUUCACGAGUUUGCCUAGAGCCCUCGUUUACACGACAUGACAACCUACUUCAGCUAUUAUUCGCCUGCACUUAUAUGUUGCAAUAUGCACAGUGAUUAUUACACAAGCUAAAGCAAGCGUAGGAGCGUUCAUUCGGAUGAGUGUGAUUUUUGUGGAUUGAAUGUGGGUUUUCAAAUAGCAGUCUUGCCCUGCGAUUCCUUUGUACUUUUUAGAAGUGCAAACAGUAAGUGAAUAAGAGCUUUGGGUAGUAAUCAUGAGAAUAUAAGAGAUUUAGCUAGACUACAAAAAAAAAAUAUUGUGUUGUAAAGUUGCGUUGCUAUUUUAUAUUAAAAUGUAAUAAUCAGCAUCAUAAACAAUGAGCCCUUAGUGUUUAUUUAUCUGACGAAAUUUAAAUGAAAGCAGUGUUAGUGAGAGGUGCAAAGAGUUAUUCUAACAUAGACACUUGAAAGUAUCCGUAAGCAAUAUUCCUAGGUAGUAUCUCACUGGGUGUGCACAUAGCCAUUUGCGAUUGUAUGAGAACAGGCAAUCCACAUGAUAUGGCAUACAUUUUAUGGAAAUGUAAAAGAACCCCACGCAUUAUUUUAUAGAAAUAGAAAACUUUAGAAGCAUCACAGGUAUUAAGGCUGGACUUAGCAAGGAUUAUGAUCCAUACAAUUAUUUUUACUAUAAUAAUUAUUUUUUUUCCUAUGGAACUCAGAAUCCUGGCUUCAUUUGAGGACAGGAAUAUGUUGAGCCUGAUUUUCUGGUGUGUAUAAAAUACUUCCUCAAAAUCCAUCAGGCACUUUUUAGAGGCAAUGUUAACUCAUCCAGGUUCUGUUUUUCUGCCCUGAGGUAGAAAUUUACAAAAUGAUAUUGGGACCUGGAAGAUUUAAUGUGGCGAACAGUGCCUGAAUUACACACCUCCUGAGAACUAGCUUUGUAUUUCUUAUGACUUUGCAUAAGAACUAUUCAUAUUUGGAUCUUGAGCACCUUAUAGAGAAAACUUUUUAUGGCAUUUCUUCUGUGGACAGUGACUGAUCUUUUCACAAUGUAAGUAGACUCUAGAAUUUUGUACAUAUGGUUGCUCCCUUUUUUUUUUUUUUGUACAGACUAUUUAGUUGUUGCGAAAACAAGGGAAUUUCCUAACUUGGUGUUUAUCCUUCACUUAAACUAAGCUAAAGAUGAUUCUUUGUAUAGCCCACAGAUCAUAAGCACGCCUCGAUAGUGUGAUUCUAUAAGAUAGCAUUUAUGCAAAAGUUUAUGAGCUUAAAAGAUCUUAGCAGCCAAACUGAAAUGUAUAUAAGUAUCCAGUACAGAGGGGUUUCAAUAGGAAGAAGGUAAAGAAACACCUUUGAGUAGCCGACCUUGAUUACUGUCAAGUUCACAACCAGCUUUAUAUUUUAAAGGCCUUGGGUUUGAAAUUAGGUCAACUGCAUGCAGCUUUGCUGAUAAAUGAAUAAUUAUCUUCCAUGCCAUUUAUGAGAAAAGACUUCAAUAUCUGUUGCCUGUCAUAUUUAAGAAAAAUUACUGUUUCUACUCUCUGUACCUGAUUUUGAAAGGAAAAAAAAUAUUCCUACUUGGCUUUCAGGUCAUUGACUUUGAAUUCUUACAAGCAAAGGUCAUUGUGUUUUUCUUGAAUAGACAUCUAAUAAAUUUUGCUUGGAAGUAUA